GUCAACAUCACAAUGUUUGUGAUUGACUACACUUUUGAUCCAAUUAAAAGGGAAAUGAAUGCAAACAUGUAUUUCCGCCAGAAGUGGAACGAUCCCCGACUCGUCUCUCAGGCCAUAACCGCCGAUAUCGUGGGCGGAGAGUCACUGGCGAACCGGGUUUGGACUCCCGACACAUUCUUUGCCAAUUCAAUGGCUGUAAAUGUAAUGAAAUAUCCGUCGCGUAACUCAUUCCUUAUGGUCAACACAAAGGGUGACGUCUAUUAUAGCGAAAGACUUCAGAUACAGUUUCGUUGCGGAGCUAAAGUGUCGACCAAAAACGACGAAUGCAAUCUAGAAUUGGAGUCAUAUGGUUUCAGCAUGGAGAUGAGUUUCAUCGCAUUUUUCCGUCAGAAGUGGAACGAUCCGCGACUCGUCUCUCAGGCCAUAACAGCCGAUGUUGUGGGCGGACAGUCACUGGUGGACAGGGUUUGGAUUCCCGACACUUUUUUUGUCAAUUCAAUAGAUGUCGAUAUAUUUAAAUACCCGAUCCGUAACUCAUUCAUUAAAGUCAAACCAAAUGGUGAUGUUUUGUAUAGCGAAAGGAUUGAAGUGGAAUUCCUUUGCAAUUCAUACAAAAUGCAAACAAACGAAACAGUCGAUUGCUAUCUGGUUAUGGAGUCAUCAAAUUAUUCACGACUUGAGGCCAAUUUUAAGCUCACUUGCGAUGAAUGUGUGGAAAAUCUUUAGAGCCCAUAAUUUCUGAUAAACCAAUGGUUAUAUACAGUACGUGGAAAUACUGUUUAAUUCUAUACAAUUCUAUUGUAGAGUUUAUGUUCAAUAAAUAUAUCAAGC